AUGCCAUCAGCAAGACAAGUGGUUGCUCUCACCGUUCCAGAUUGCACCUGGCUCCCACUAGAUAAGACGUCUGGGACAACAGUACCAGCCAAUUCUCUAUAUCCAACGGCAGUAAACGAAUGGCGGAACUUUUUCUGUGAUGCCGCGAACUUUUCUGAUUAUCCGGCAGGGGAUCAAUUCCCAUUUUACCCGGCGGAAACACGUAACCUUAGAGUUGAAAAGGAUGUAGAAGAUUGCUGGCUGCUUAACGUUCUCAUGCCUAUCGAAAAAUUAUUACCUCAAGGAGUAACUUUUUCAAGAACAACCCCCGGAUUACUCGGUUCUCCUGACUUCAUUCUUUGCGAUGGAAUAAACCCCAAACUACCUCUUGAAAUGAAGACACGCCACAAUCUUAAUCUACGUAAUCAUGAUUUCUGGAACAUUUGGAGAGCUAUGCAACGCGACCCAAUUAUGGAUUCAAAUCAUCGUCGGUACGAUCAGCGAUUUAAAUUUCAAAAAAGAAUUUUGGUCCAAAUAUUUGGUGAAAUGGCCUGUAAUGGUCUUCACUAUGGUGUCUUAUCAAAUUAUGAUGACACUUGGUUCCUUUGCCGACCAGAAAAUGAGCCUACUACCUUCAGACUUGCACUCAAUGAUGUUGUAGGGACAAGGUUGGAUCCAGAUCCUGACAGUCAUGUUAAUAUAUCUGCAGGGCCAGAUACUCAAGAGGAAUCAACUACUUCAAGUGACAAUAAUAGUGAUGAUAGCAAUUAUGAUCCAAAGGAGACCAGAAAGCAAGCAAAAAACCUUCCCAGCAGACAAACAAGAGGAUCCACAAAUGAUCACAAAAGCAAAUCAAAAAUAGACAAAUACAUAAGUGAAGGCGGUUUUGCAAAGGUAUUCUCUGGUGUUUAUCAUGAUCAAACUGUAGCAUGGAAAAUCUGUGAAUCAUACAAGGAACAAGAAAAGGUGAAGGCAUUAACCAAUGAAUCCCAUAUAUACUCUAUCCUAGAGAAAUAUCAAGGACAUACCAUUCCAUGUUUAUUUUAUACUGGCCACAUCUUUGGUGGAUAUCUUUUUGCAUUAGCAAUGCAAUUGAUUGAAGGCAGCCAUCAUAUCAACCCUGCAAUCCUUACUAUGAAACAGAAAAAAACAGUUAUGAAAAUACUGGAGUGUAUACACCACUGUGGUAUUUUGCAUGGUGACAUUGCUACAAGGAACAUCCUUUUUGAGCCACAAAGUGGUCAGUUCUAUUUUAUUGAUUUUGGUAACAGCAUAGUGGUGGGAACAGAAUCACCAAAAUUAAAAAAAGAGAAAAAGGAGUUGAAAAGACUUCUUGCUUAUUAA